AAUUUGUUUUGGGUAGGUGCUGAAAUACAAAGAGACAGCAGUUAUGAUUAUGUCAAUGUGCAACCUAUCUUCAUCAUUGGGAUCUUUAAAUUCAUUCAGACUUGUAUCUUUUCAUCAUUCCGCCAUUCCUAAAAUUACAAAACCCUCACUCUUCUCUCAGUUUCCCAAAGUGGUUUCCUCCAUGUCUUACCACAAAGAACUCGCUGCUGCCAAGAAAGCUGCCUCUCUUGCUGCUCGCCUUUGCCAGAAAGUGCAAAAGGCGCUGUUGCAAUCAGAUGUCCAAUCUAAAUCAGAUAAAAGCCCUGUCACAGUGGCUGACUAUGGCUCACAGGCUGUAGUUAGUUUUAUACUGCAGAGAGAACUUCCAUCUGAAUCUUUCUCAUUAGUGGCUGAGGAGGAUUCGGGAGAUCUUCGCAAGGAUGGUGCCCAAGAAACACUAGCACGCAUUACAGAACUUGUGAAUGAUACUCUUACCAGUGAUGGGACAUGUGUAUCUCGUGUAUCUGAGGAAGAUGUUCUUACUGCCAUUGACUCUGGCAAAUCUGAAGGCGGUUCUAAUGGCCAACACUGGGUUUUGGAUCCUAUUGAUGGCACCAAAGGUUUUCUAAGAGGAGACCAGUAUGCAAUAGCAUUAGCACUGCUAGAUGAAGGAAAAGUGGUGUUGGGUGUCCUCGCUUGUCCAAAUCUUCCCUUGGCAUCCAUUGGUGGUCAAGAUCAGCAUUCUUUACACAACCAAAUUGGCUGCCUUUUCUCUGCUAAAAUUGGCGAAGGAACUGAUAUGCAGCCAUUAGAUGGUUCUUCACCAAUAAAGGUGCAUGUCAGCGCCAUUGAAAACCCUGAGGAAGCAUCAUUCUUUGAAUCAUUCGAAGCAGCACACUCAAAGCAUGACUUGUCUAGCUCCAUAGCAAAGAAACUUGGAGUCAAAGCACCCCCGGUUAGAAUUGAUAGCCAGGCGAAGUAUGGGGCUCUAUCCAGAGGAGAUGGGGCCAUUUAUCUUCGCUUCCCUCAUAAAGGAUAUCGUGAAAAAAUAUGGGAUCAUGCUGCUGGAUGCAUUGUUGUGACAGAAGCUGGGGGUGAGGUGUCAGAUGCGGCUGGGAACCCAUUAGAUUUUUCUAAGGGAAGAUAUCUUGAUUUGGAGACAGGCAUCAUUGUCACGAAUAAGAAGUUGAUGCCAUCGCUAUUGAAGGCAGUUCGAGAGUGUCUUGAUGAGAAACCUUCCUCAUUGUAAUUUCUUUCUUGCUUGCAGUUAGGAGAGUUUACUGAUGAGAAAGCUUCUUUUGCUGCAGUUUCUUUUAUAAAAUUGAUCAUUUAUUCGGUAUGUGAGCAUUUAGGCAAGUGGGACGGUAAUCAGCAGUAUUUGAUCAAAUCCUAUGUUGAAGUUUAUUGCAUCUUUUCAGCUGUAUCGUAACCACUGGCCUCAGUUUCAAACUGUCAUCAUUUUCUGCUCUAGUAAUUAUGGGUAAUUGGGACUAUGUAUAAUUAUGUUUCGUCCGGAUGAAUGAGUCGGAUUUGUUUUGAAAUGUUGUUUUCUUCUCUUUGUAGUUUUCUGGUGAAAGUUCGGAAAGUUUGGUUGGAAA